UGAGUUCUUUUCACAUCAACCAAGUAAUUACAAGAAGGAUACUUUUUUCCUACCAGUCAAGAGAAACAGUUUAAAGUUGGUAGAUCUACAUAAUUCAUUGCUGAAGCAUUGCAGCCCAGCAGGCCAUCUCUUCUUGCCUCUUUCCCUUGUUUCAGGGUUUUGUGACUUUUUUGUAAAGCCAGAGAAGGGAGAGGAACUGUGUAAUCAUGGAUCUGAGGAAAAUGCAAGCGGUGCUGUCAACCAGUCCGGUGAGGGAGAUGCUCAUGCAACUAAACUGAUGGGGGAACAAGGAGGUCUGGAUGUUUUCAUAAAACCAGAGGAGGAGGAAGGGCUGUACAACCAUGAAGCCGAAGGAGGUACAAAUGUUGCCUGGGACCAGUCAGGAUUUCCUGACAUUCUGGUAAAGGCAGAGGAGGAAGAGAUGCUGUAUAGCCAGGGAGUGGAAGAAUGCGCAAGUGUUGCCUGGAACCAUUCAGGAGUUCCUGACUCUGUUAUAAAGCCAGAGGAGGAAGAGGAAUUGUUCAAGGAAAGUGCAAGUGUUUUUGGAGACCAGUCAGGAUUUCAUGCCAUUGUUAUAAAGCCAGAGGAGGAAGAGGGGCUGUGCAGCCUGAUAUCUGGGGAAAGUGUAAACAUUGCUGUUGAACAAUCAGUAGAAAACUGCGGGAAAACAAAAAUGUGCAUCAAGUGUGGGAAAUGUUUCACCUGCAAUUUGGAUCUGGCCAGACACCAGAAGUCCCAUGAGGAAGACAGAGAGAAAUCCUACAAAGCCACCAAGGGAACAUUUAUGCUUCACCAGAAGGCCAACACUGGAAAUAAACACUUCAAGUGCAGAAUGUCUGGACAAUGUAAGCCACUUGCCGGCCACCAGAAAAUCCAAGCAAAACCACAACGAUACAGAUGCCAGGAGUGUGGAAAAUGUUUUAGUCACCCUUCAAAGUUUCUGAGGCACCAGGCAGUCCAUACAGGAGAGAAACCAUACAAAUGCGACUGGUGUGGAAAAUGUUUUCCUCAGAAUUCACAUCUUGUGACACAUCAAGUAGUCCACACAGGAGAGAAACCAUACAAAUGUGACGAGUGUGGGAAAUGUUUUUCUCAGAAUUCAAACCUUGUGAUGCACCAAGCCGUCCACACAGGAGAGAAACCCUAUGAAUGUGAGCUAUGUGGAAAGAGUUUUGCUUAUAAAUCGGACCUUGUAAAGCACCAAAGAGUCCACACAGGAGAGAAACCAUACAAAUGUGACGAGUGUGGGAAAUGUUUUUCUCAGAAUUCAAAUCUGGUGAAGCAUCAGGCAGUCCACACAGGAGAGAAACCCUAUAAAUGUCAGCAGUGUGGAAAAAGUUUUCCUCAGAAUUCAAACCUUACGAUGCAUCAAACGGUCCACACAGGAGAAAAACCCUAUAAAUGUGAGCAGUGUGGAAAAUGUUUUUCUCAGAAUUCAAACCUAGUGAUGCAUCAGGCAGUGCACACCGGAGAGAAACCCCACGAAUGUGAGCUGUGUGGAAAGUGUUUUGCUUAUAAAGCAGAUCUAGUAAAGCACCAAAGAGUUCAUACAGGAGAGAAACCAUACAAAUGUAAACAGUGUGGAAAAUGUUUUUCUCAGAAUUCAAACCUGGUGACACAUCAGGCAGUGCACACAGGAGAGAAACCAUAUAAAUGUGAUCAGUGUGGAAAGUGUUUUUCCCAGAAUUCAAAUCUUGUGACACAUCAGGCAGUCCACACAAGUGAGAAACCAUACAGAUCACAGGAAUAUGAAAAAUAUUUUGCUCACAGUCCACACAUUGUGAGCAAUGAAAAAGUACACAAAGGAGAAAGAACAUAUAAAUGCCAGGAAUGUGGGAAAUGUUUUGCUUCCAGUUCAAUUCUUGUAAAACACCAGGGAGUCCACACAGGGGAGAAACCAUACAGAUGCCAAGAAUGUGGAAAAUCUUUUGCUUACAAGGCAGAUCUCGUGAAACACCAGAGGGUGCACACAAGAGAGAAGCCAUACAAAUGUUGUGAGUGUGGGAAAUGUUUUGCUCAGAUUUCAAACCUCGUGAUGCAUGAGAGAGUCCACACAGGGGAGAAGCCAUUUAAAUGCCAGGAGUGUGGUAAAUGCUUUGCCUCCAGUUCAAUCCUUCUGAGCCAGCACAGAGUCCACGCAGGAGAGAAACCAUUCAAAUGUGAGGAGUGUGGUAAUUGUUUUGCUUGGAGAGGCAACCUUGUCAAGCAUCAAAAAGUUCACAGAGGAGAGGCUCCGUACAAAUGCCAGGAGUGUGGAAAAUGUUUUGCUUACAAUUCAGAUCUUGUGAGCCACCUGAAAAUCCACACAGGAGAGAAACCCUACAAAUGCCCAGAAUGCGGGAUAUGUUUUGCUUCCAGGUCUGACGUUGUGAUCCAUCGGAAAAAUCACACAGGAGAGAAACCAUACAGAUGCCAGGAGUGUGAGAAAUGUUUUGCUUGGAAUUCACAGUUUCUGAGGCAUAAGGCAGUUCACACCAGAGAAAAACCAUACAAAUGUGAGCAGUGUGGAAAAAACUUUGCUCGGAAUUCAAAUCUUGUGACACAUCAAGCUGUCCACACCGGCGAGAAACCAUAUGAAUGCCAGGAGUGUGGAAAAUGUUUCUCUCAAAAGGCAAAGCUUUUCAAGCACUAUAGAGUCCACACAGGGGAAAAACCAUACAGAUGUCAGGAGUGCGGGAAGCUUUUUGCCGCAAGCUCAGCCCUUGUGAUCCAUCAGCGAAAACACACAGGAGAGAAACCUUACAAAUGCAAGGAGUGUGGAAAGUGUUUUGCUUGCAAUACACAUCUUGUGAGGCAUGAAAGGAUCCAUACUAAAGAGAAACCAUAUAAAUGCCAAGACUGUGAGAAAUCUUUCACUCAGAAAUAUCAAUUUAUGAUACAUAAGAGAGUCCAUACGGGAGGGAAACUAUAUAAAUGCCAGGAAUGUGGAAAAUGUUUUGCUCAGAAUGCACGACUUGAGACUCACCGGGCAAUCCAUACAGCAGAACAGCCAUACAAAUGCCAGCAGUGUGGGAAAUGUUUUGUUCAGCGUUCACGACUUAUGAGGCACCAGGCACUUCAUACAGAAGAAAAACUAGUAAAAUCAUAGCUUUGUACCCCUGGAGGACACCUCAGGUUUCCCAGGGUCCAGUUUUGUGCUGAAAUCCAUACAGAGCCCAUAUCUGAUGGCAGGGCAUCCAACCUCUGUUUAAAAGCCCCCAUCAAUGAUGCUCCAUCAGUUUCUGAGGUGGUUAUUAGACCCAUGAACGUAUGUUCAUUUCAGGAUGGAAAUAAAAGCUAAACAAAAAAUAAGAGGCAAUUAUGAACAUAAGAAGAGCCCUUGCAGGAUCAGGCCAAGGGUCCAUCUAGUCCAGCUUCUUGUAUCUCACAGUGGCCCCACCAGAUGCCUUUGGGAGCGCACGAGACAACUAGAUCCCUAUCUCCUGAUGCCACUGCCCUGCAUCUGACAUAUGGAGGGAUCUUCUUUUGAAGCCUGGAGAUUAUACAUUCCCAUCAUGGCUUGUAACCUGCAAUGGACUUUUCCUCCAGAAAUUGGUCCA